UGUAAGAGGUUUGGAUUAUUAUCAAAGAUCCUUUGAGAAGAAAGUUGUCGCACUUUAUACUAAACGAUGAAGAUCACCGGCCACCGUCCCCACCCUCCCUAUUUCCGGUGGCCGGAAUGUCAAUUGUGAAAAGUAACUGAAAUACACCACCAGAGUCCUCCCUACACGACUUAACGGAUAGCUUAAACGGAAUUAUGGCAGACUCAGACGCAAGUAUCAUGCCAGCUGCAGAUGACAUUCCCAAGGCCGAGAAUUUUACUCAAGUGGGUGUCGUAAGUGAAGAACGAGGCCGACUCCAGGUUCAAGAACAUAAAAUUUCUGUUUCAGAAAGCGCUAGAAGGAAAAUACAUAUAGCAGCAGCUUCUGGAAAUUGGAUUGAGGCAUUAUCCUAUUCCAGAAUUCCUUCUCAAUGGUGGCGAAUUCCACUAAAUGGUCGUGAAAUGACAGCCCUUCAUGUUGCAGUAAGCAUGAGAAAAACCAGUUUUGCAGAAAAGCUGGUGAAUUGUAUGGAAAUGCAUGAUUUGGAAAUUCCCAUGGUAGAUGGAAACACAGCCUUUUGUUUGGCUGCGAUGACUGGGAAUGUUAAAAUUGCUGGAAUUCUGUUACGCAAGAAUCGAAGGUUGCCAUGGAUUAGAGGCCAAAACAAUAUGCUGCCAAUUCAAUUAGCAUCUUCUGCAGGCCACAUUUCAAUGGCAGAAUUUUUAUUUCAAGCUCUUCCACUGGACCUUCACAACAGCAUGCCCUUCCAAGACAUUGCCAACUUAUUUUUCUUCACCAUCGACAACAAUAUUUACAGCGUGGCAUCAAAAUUGUUGAAUCGCUAUCCUAAAUUGGCUACCAUGGAAAACGAAGGGGGAUUCACAGCCUUGCAAAUGCUUGCCCAAAUUUCUUCGUCCCAGGAAGCUAUUGGUGAUGAAGAUAUUGUAAGAUCGUUGUUUAAGGGAAUGGGAAAAGAGGAAGAAUCUCUCAACUAUGCAAAAUUGUCAACAGCAAUGUUUGAUGCUGCAAAAUAUGGAAACACUAUGAUUUUAAAAUUUAUUUUCAAGUAUUAUCCAGAAUUGUUAUUUGAAGUGGAUUCCACCAAGCAAAGAAACUUACUCCACAUUGCUAUUCUGCAUCGACAAGAAGCUGUAUACAAACUAAUAUUAAAGCAGGGGGAUUUCAAGAAUAUGAUGGUACAAUUGGUUGAUUUUAACGAUAACAAUGUUCUUCAUUUAGCUGCAAAGUUGGAUAAACCAGAACAAAAAUUCGGAUUAUCAACAAACUAUGUUCAAAUGCGUACUGAGGAGACAUGGUUUAAGGAGGUACAGAAAAUAGUUCCGCCUUCAAUGAAAACAAAGAAAAACAAAGAUGGUUUGACUCCUAUAGAAUUAUUUCAUCAGUCACACAAAGAGUUACACAAAGAAUCUGCAUCUGAACUGAAGUCUCUGGCAAAUACUUUAAUAGUGGUGGCAACUCUUAUCAUCACCUUAGGAAUUUCGGUUGCCAUAACCAUUCCUCUUAAUGAUAUUGAUAGUACACUUACUCCAAUUUUUCGGAAGAAAACAUGGUACAUCAUAUUUUUUAUAUCAGUAGGGCUGGAAACAAGUUUCUGCGCUGCAUCUAUGUUGUUCUAUGCUUCAGCUAUUCUUCCUUCAAAUGUGGAACCACAAGAUGAGUCUAUUCGCUUACAAGAAAACAAGGUCAGAUUUGGUAGUGUCACACUUUUUAUCUCUGCUGGAUUCAUGUUGGUUGCUUCUAUUGCCAGUGCCACAUUGAUCUUCGAAUUCUUAUCAAGUUGGAGCCCUUAUUUCACUUUUGGAGUUGGUGUUCUCGUCUUCAUUUUACAUUUUACACUUGAUCAUGCUCUGUGGAGUAAAUAUAUAUCGCACCUGGUGCUAACCUUGUCCAAGGUAACUCCAGUGAAGUUCGAAAGAUUGUUUGGGCCAAUCAGCAAGGUAUAUAAAUCCUAUCAUCCAUUGCAGAAAAGAAGGAGCUUAAAUUAGUUGGAAUAACUAAGUACAUAUGAUUGUGCCCAAGUGUUCUGAGUGUUUUGUAAGAUAACAAGUUAGCAACAACACCUAUUUUUAAGAAUGUUUUAUAUCAAAGGAUGUUGUGUGCUAUUCCUUUUCUUUUGAUGUGUGUGAGAGUGAAUCUAUUGUAUGCCUUUUAAAUUUUCAUAUGCACAUCUUUCCUCAAAUAAUAAACAGCCUGUGGUUGCCAUAUUCGAGAAAGAAUUAUCAGAAAAGCAUUAUCUGUCAA